CAAAGAUUACACAUCUCUAGAAAACCAUUUUAGAUUUAGAAAUCGGCAUAAACAAAUAUUGACACACACACACUUUAUUUGAAAUCAAAAUUUUUUCCCGGACUUCAGAAGGCAGUUAGCCGUCAGACGAGCAGGCCAAUAAUGUAUCAAUUCGCAUUCUGGAGGAGCGAGGUGAAGACGCACCAAAUCGAUCAGGUAUCGCCCAUUUGGAAGGACUUGAAUGCCACAUUUGUGACUGUCCUCAGCUGGAGUUGGCUCAUUUACACCUUGUCCGCAUUGGUAAUUCUCGUUUGCGCAUAUUUUGCAUACUGUGAACGUUGCCGCCGGACGGAGACAAUACGACGUCGACGGGUGAUUCAGCGAGCCCAGGAACGGCCCCCUCAAAAACGGCGACCGAAUGCGGCAUACAGAGAUCACCAGAUCUACCGACAUAUUAUCCUUAGCGUCGCCAAAUAUAUGAAGAAUCCGGAAGGCAUACGUCCAUUCAUAGAACACAUGGACCACCUGUAUCCUCUGCGACAUACGUUGGCUGAUGAUCAGCAAGCGGCAGAACUUUCACUAAACGUUAACGAUGCAGAGCCAAGUACUGGAGAGGAUUAAUAACUAAAGCCUAAGUCGGCCAAUACAUGCCACCUGAAGACUACAUUUCUAUCAAGUUUAUUAAGCAAUCAUUUCGGUAGUAAAUAAAACCUUUUGAUUGAUGCAUUUUAA